UGUUAUUCUAAUCCUUAUUUUUAGCUGUCUGCAACCUCAUAGGAUUAUACUAAUCUGGCGCCUUUUCACUCUCACUUCACACUUUUUCCCCAUGCCAACUCCUCUCUAAUCCUACUCGUUGUCGUUUCUCUCUUCUCUCAGCACGUGUUUUCACGCGCGUACAGUAUUUUGGACGUCAAACAGUUGUAGGAGGUGGAAGCGCAACCUCUGUUACUCAUCAAUGGCCGCCUCUUCCUCUUCCGUUCGUAUUGUCGUCGUCGGUGAUGUGCAUGAUUGCUGGAACUUUGAACAAGAUUCCAAGGCACUUCAAUUCCUUCAGCCAGAUUUGGUGCUCUUUACAGGUGAUUUUGGCGAAGAAAAUCUUGAAGUCGUUCGGAGUGUUGCAAAUAUUGAAUUUGCUAAAGCAGUUAUAUUAGGAAACCAUGAUUCCUGGUAUACUAAGCGGUUUUCUAACAGUGAGAAGGAUAAAGUUCAGCUUCAGCUAGAAUGCCUUGGCAAGGAGCACGUGGCUUAUGAACGUUUAGAUUUACCUCUAAUAAAAGUAAGUGUUGUUGGUGGACGGCCAUUUUCUCAUGGGGGUAAACCAGUAUUUCGAAAACAGCUACUGUCUGCAAGAUAUGGAGUCAAAGACAUGGAUGGGAGUGCCAAGAGAAUCCAGAAAGCUGCUGUUGGUACACCGGAGGAUCAUUUUCUUAUAUUACUUGCACAUAAUGGACCCACAGGCCUUGGUUCUGAUUUGAAUGAUAUAUGUGGAAAAGAUUGGGAAUUGGACGGUGGCGGUGAUCAUGGUGACCCAGAUCUAGAAUGCGCGAUAUCUUUGCUAAAAGAGAAUAAUCAGGUAUCUGUUCCAUUGGUUGUGUUCGGUCACAUGCACAAAGAGCUGGCGCAUGGCGGAUUUAGGAAAAUGAUUGUCGUUGGGACCGACAAUACCAUAUACUUGAACGGGGCCAUUGUUCCAAGGGUCAAAAAUUUGGGUGAUGAUGACAGGAGAAACUUAGACAAUGAAAGUCCUCUUUCCUCACUAGAGGCAAAAGGUACGGCAAGAGCCUUUACUUUAGUUGAGCUGUCCAAAGGAAGAGUUACCAGAGUUGCAGAAAGUUGGGUAUCAGUUGUUGAAGAUAGGACCACGUUAAUAGAAGAACAGAUAUUAUUUGAAGGCAAUUAAGUAAGAAUCAAGGUCCCUAUUUUCUACGUUUAGUUUCCUGCUUCAGUCACAUGGUAUUUAAUGCAUAGAUUAAUACAGCCUGAGGGGACACAUGCUUGUGAUACUAAUUCCUUAUCCAAAUGAAUACAUCGUGUUUAAUGUUGAUAUAUAGUGUAGAAUUGACAUGGGAUUUGAUUGAUACUAAUUCCUUAUCUUAGAUUUUGAUAAUUCAUAGAUGUUCCUUUUAGCAGAAAAGAUAUCUAUCUGUUUUUCUUUUCCUUGGCUCCAUACACAUUUGGUUACAUGUUGAACAUGGUAUAUACUAUAUAUUCUGCUUGUUCCAUA